AUGUCCGCCGUGCCGCCGCCCCGGGGCCCCGGUUCCUCAGUCCCUUGCUUCAGAGAACCGGCGCCAUUCACUGCUUUCCUUCGGGACGCUGGUCAAAUGGCUCCCGCGCUCUCCAGGAGCUGCUGCUAUUGGCGGAAACUAGUUUCCAAAGUUAGCUCCUAUUGGCUGCCUGCCUUACGUUUACAGAAAGAAGAUUCAAGCUUCAGCAGGCCAGGUCAGUUGGACAAGCACCUGGAGGCCACAAGGGACACAGUGAUGAAUCACCCCAGGCCCCCUCAAGUGACCUGCAACUACAGAGAGAAGCAGGUCUGUCCCACUGAAGCCUCUUCAGGGGUCCCAGUCAGCAUCUCCCUCCUGAGCCCUGUGCCCUGCCCCAGGAAGGAGUCCCCCAAGGAGGGCCCCCUGGGUUCCAGCACCACAGGUGUGCUAGGGGACUCUGGAGAAGCAGUACAAAAGGAGAAAGGCCCCAUGGUGAACGGGCCACACACAAGUUGGGGCUCCUGGAUCCCCCCCGCCCCGCCAGCUGCCUUAUUGGCUCCCGCUCCUGCAGCUGUCCCCCAGCACGACUCGGGGAUCUUCCGGGGCCCUCGGCUAGGGUUCCCCACCCUCCCUCCGCCCCGCCCCACCAACGUCGGGCGAGUGCGCGGGCGGUUCCCGGGUCCGCAGCUCAGUGCCCCACGCGGCUGCCCCGCCCCCUGCCCAGGUCUCAAAAGCCCCGCCGGCCGAGCGCCAGCCCAGCCCCGCACCCCUCAGCAUGGCCUGGAACACCAACCUCCGCUGGCGGCUGCCGCUCACCUGCCUGCUCCUGCAGGGGGCUAUGGUGAUUCUCUUUGGGGUGUUCGUGCGCUACGACUUCCAGGCCGACGCCCACUGGUGGACCGGGAGGGUGCGCAGGAACCUCAGCGAUCAGGAGAACGAAUUCUACUAUCGCUACCCGACCUCAUCAACGCUGACUUCUGUGUGGCCUCUGUCUGCGUGGCCUUCGGUGCAGUUCUGGGUAAAGUCAGCCCCAUUCAGCUGCUCAUCAUGACUUUCUUCCAAGUGACCCUCUUUGCUGUGAAUGAGUUCAUUCUGCUUAACCUGCUGCAGGUGAAGGAUGCAGGGGGCUCCAUGACCAUCCACACAUUUGGCGCCUACUUUGGGCUCACAGUGACCCGGAUCCUCUACCGACGCAACCUAGAGCAGAGCAAGGAGAGAGAGAGUUCUGUGUACCAGUCGGACCUCUUUGCCAUGAUUGGCACCCUCUUCCUGUGGAUGUACUGGCCCAGCUUCAACUCAGCCAUAUCCUACCACGGCGACAGCCAGCACCGAGCUGCCAUCAAUACCUACUGCUCCUUGGCAGCCUGCGUGCUGACCUCAGUGGCAACAUCCAGUGCCCUGCACAAGAAGGGCAAGCUGGACAUGGUGCACAUCCAGAAUGCCACACUUGCGGGAGGAGUGGCCGUGGGUACCGCUGCUGAGAUGAUGCUCAUGCCUUAUGGCUCCCUCAUUGUCGGCUUCCUCUGUGGCAUCUUCUCCACCCUGGGUUUUGUAUACCUGACCCCAUUCCUGGAGUCCCGGCUGCAGAUCCAGGACACAUGUGGCAUUAACAACCUGCACGGCAUUCCCGGCAUCAUAGGCGGCAUCGUGGGUGCCGUGACGGCAGCCUCCGCCAGCCCGGAAGUCUACGGAGAAGAAGGGCUUGUCCAUUCCUUUGACUUUCAAGGUUCGAAGGCGAACUGGACCCCAAGAACACAGGGAAAGUUCCAGAUUUAUGGUCUCUUGGUGACCCUGGGCAUGGCCCUGAUGGGCGGCAUCAUUGUGGGGCUUAUUUUGAGAUUACCAUUCUGGGGACAACCUUCAGAUGAGAACUGCUUUGAGGAUGCGGUCUACUGGGAGAUUCCUAAAGGGAACAGCACUGUCUACAUCCCUGAGGACCCCACCUUCAAGCCCUCAGCAUCCUCAGUGCCCUCAGUAUCCAUGACAUCCCCACUACCCAUGGCUUCCUCGGUACCCUUGGUACCCUAGGCACCCAGGGCCCCCUGAAGAGCAGGCUGCAGACUGUCACGGGGCUCCAGGGGAGCUGGUGCUGACCUACCUGGAGAAAAAGAGCUAGCAAGCAGCAUCCCCACCGCUGGCCUGGCCCCAUGAGCCUCCAUCCCACCCCUCCCCUUCAUCCCAGGGAGUCUGCCUGAGAAUGGAGGAGAAGCUACAAAGUGGGUGUCCAAGCCAGGUUCUAGCUGCAAAAGUUCUGCUUCUGUCCUGGGCCUUGACCACGUUGGAGAAACACGGGUCCAGAGUGGGGCUGGGGCCUGGGGGUGAACCUGAGCUCUUCCAGGGAACAACUUAGUGCCAGUCACCACCUCUGAGGCUCUUCUACCCCUGCCUGUGCCGCAGCCAGCAUCUCCUGUGCUCCCUGGGUCCCCCAGACUGCUCCGUGUCAUGUAGGUGGUAGCCUCCAGGAAUAAACAUUCUUGAUGUCCUUUGUAAA